CUCGGUAAAAAUCCAGCUCAGUGUAGAACAUAGCGUCACAUAAGUAGGCUUAAAGUAUUAUUAAUUUUAAAUUAACAAUGGCUGUGUCAGUGUAUAUUUUGGCGGUAAUUUAUCUUGCGGCGGGAGUUAUGGCGGGAAGCCUCCCACCUUUCAUCAAGCCAUGUUCGAUCAAGGAUCCAAACAUGAACCAAUGCAUAGAGAAGUCUAUAGAGUUGGCGGGACCUAAGUUCGCGGACGGGAUCCCGGAGUUGGGUAUAGCGUCGCUGGACCCCGUGCAGCUGGGCACCGUGGUGGUCGACAACCCAUCUCUUAAACUUACCUUCACUGACACCGUCGUCACUGGACUCAGGAACUUUAAAGUUAACUCUUACAAAAUGAACACAGAGAAAGGCAAAGCCGUGUUAGACUUCACUGCGAACGUGACCUUGAAGGCCAACUACGUGAUGGACGGUCAGAUACUCAUCCUGCCCAUCAGGGGCGAUGGACAAGCUAAGAUCAAGAUAACCAAUCUAAACAUCGUAAUCAAGUACGAUUACGAGACGAAAGACGGUCACUGGGUGGUCACCGGAUACAAAGACAGCUACAAGAUGGACCGCGCACAGUUCAAAUUCACCAACCUAUUUGGCGGAAAUAAGGAGUUGGCGGACACGACACUUAAAUUCGUUAACGAAAGCUGGAACAUCAUAAUGUCAGAGAUCGCGCCACCGGCGAUAAAGGAGAUCAUAAAGAACUGCGUGGACGAGGUCAAGAAACUGUUCGCAGGCGUCCCCGCUGCGGAGUUAUUGCUUCUUUGAAUGCAAACACCAUCGGAAAUGUGAUCAACGCAAACUGGGAGCCCGUAAUCCGCGACAUUGCGCCCGUCGCGUUCCAAAACAUCAUUGCCGCCUGCGUUAAUGAAGCCAAAAAACUUUUCGCCGCCGUUCCCGCCAAUCAGCUGCUUUUACCUUGAACCAUAGACUAAAAAGUAUAUGUCUACCCUGAAACCAUAGAUUAUACAAGAUUCGUUAAAAUUAUAACAUUGCAGUCCACAGACAUUAUGCAAUUUCCAAUUUGCAAUAAUAUGUGCACAUUUACACAAGGGCAACUGCAAUGGAUAAAAUCGUUGCUCAAAUAUUGAACUGGAUUACGCGGUCUUUCGUAAAUAUGCAUUGAUUUCACAAACUGUACGCACCCGCGUUAUAAUGACAGUUGUAAUAACGAAACUUUAUGAAUCUUGUAAUAUUUUUAUACCUGAAUGGUAUCUUAGCAAAUUGUUAAAAAUUUAUUUGAGCUUUCUUUUCAAGUUCUACAAAACUCCCAGAAUUAUGCCUACCUUACAUAACAAUUAGUUGCGGCAUAUCAUGUUUUUUUUUUCAUCUUGAAUUUUUAAAAAGAAUUGGCAUGGGUGUAUAGAUAUAAAUAGUUAGGUGAAAGUGAUAAUAUUGUGUAGGACUUUGUGAUAAUUAUAAUUAAGUUUUAAUAUGAAUAAAUAGAUUUUCUCCACA